GACCUUCACUCCAGAAAAUCUUUGUGUUCUUCAUAAUGACAGGAGCAACCUAUGCAAUCAAAGACAGGACUUUAAUCGUUUGUGGACGACAACAUCAGGCAAAAUAGGAAGUCAUUCAUUUAUUCUCGUCAGAUGAUUUAAAAUAAAGAGACACAGCAACACCAUCUGCAACAGCUCAAACUGUGGUUUGAGCUCAAACUGUGGUUUGAGCUCGUUCAGCGUGGCAACCUGACAUUAAUUCCCCACCAUGUUUUGGAUCACUUGCACUAUUACAACCAUUAAAACUGCAACGGCUCAGUAGUCGAAUUUAUCACAGCACAAGCAGCCUGGCUUCUGUCACAGUCAUCUGAGGAAUAAAUAGUCCACACUGCUUGUGCCCAGUCUCUGGUAUGUUCAGCUGUCUCGUUCCAGUGGGGCUCAGCCUCGAAACAACACUGAUAUCCAGCUCGGAUGUAAAACAGCACGAGCUGCACCAGUAAGGUUAGUAUUCGCUGUUGGUUUGUCUCAAAAGCCUGCAGCGAGAAACACCAGCAGGACAGCAGUAAUAAAUAAUCAACAUUUGCAUCCUGGAACAUAAAGUAUCUUGCAAAGUUAUUUAUCUAUGUACUGAGUUGAGUGAAAGUGAUAAUUAUACAAAAACACUGAGGUGAGAGAGAUACAGAUAUGACCUCAAAGGAGGAGCCAAAGUAUCAGACACCACCCACCUGCGAUCUGCUCAGCCUUCUGUUGAAGAACAGACGCCCCACUGGAGCUGUCAACGAGGUUUGGCCCAACCUCUACAUCGGAGAUGCGACUGCAGCUCGGGAUAAAACCCUGUUAGCGAAACUGGAAAUAACACACGUGGUGAAUGCUGCAGAUGGCCCCCAGCACAUUGACACCGGGCCAGGUUUCUACGCAGACGCCAGCAUACUGUAUCACGGAGUAGAAGCACCAGACUGUAAAGAUUUUGACUUGAGCCCUUUCUUCAGUGAGACGGCUGAUUUUAUUCAUGGUGCUCUGAGCCAAAAAGGGAAGGUGCUCGUCCACUGCGCUCGGGGAAUCAGCCGCUCGGCAGCUCUUACGCUGGCCUUCCUCAUGAUCAAAGAAAGGCUCGCACUGGUGGAGGCUGUGGAGGUUGUGUGCCGGCACAGAAACAUCCUCCCAAAUGUUGGAUUUCUGAACCAGCUCCGUGAGCUGGACUCAUCCCUAUUCAUGUAGUAGAGCACAUAAUGCCAAAAAGGGGACAGUUUCAUAGUUGACAUUAUCUGUGCAGAUGAAAUAUCUAUAUAAAUCGUCCUGGUGGCUCCAUUUGGGUGGCUUCGGGCACCUGUAUCUUAAGUGAAUUAAAGCACCAUGUAAUCCAA